AUGUGCUGCAAGAGUUGGCUCCUGUCUCAGAUGGCUCUUCUGCAGAGCUGCUCAGAGCCUUGCUUGUUGACAAAGGCCUCCCGGAACCUUCCGGUGGAGCCAGUGACGGCUCACAUGGGUGAGGCGCCACGAGAAGAGCUAGAUGUCCGACGAAUAUUCUGCAUCUUGCUGCAGGUUUGGUUCAACCAGGAGAUCGUGAUGCCGAUGUCAGCAUCGAUGCUAGAAGCAUCUGGGCACAGCUGGCAUGACAGUCGCGGCGCAGUGCUUGGAUUUGAGAAUGUGCCUUUGGCCAGGUUGCAGGUUGGACUCGCCUUGGAGAUGGUGUCUUCAACGCCAGACGGUGCUUUGACGGACUCCUUGCUGAACCUCCAAUGGUCGCCAUCCUCCCUGCCGUUUCUGAAUCCCAUCCACCUCCAUGCCAGGUCCUCUGCCGCCACCAGUGCCUCCAGCGCUUCGAGACCUCGACCUGGGCUCUUGGUCUCCAUCACGCGGGAGCCGGGCCAUGAGGCCCUGGAUGGACUGGGAGGUGGUGUAUCCCAUGGCUUGGAGAUCCGGGUGCACGGAGUGCCUCACGGACGCCCUCUUCCUGAUCUGGUCGAAGGUGGGCUUGUGGCAGUCUGCCCAGAGUCGUCGGUUGGCACGGACACCCGCGACUUGCGCAUACCUGUGGCAACUUAUCUCUACGACCAGCGAAUUGAACUUUCUGCUUUCCUCGACGAGCACUUCAUCACUGCGGCCUCGAACGCGCGCUGCUUUCUGUCGCCGUUGUCAGGUGCAUCCCGAACUCCUCAGUGGGGGCAAUUUCUCCUGCGUUGUUUGUCGUCGACAACAUCGCUCAAAGCCGUUACGAUCUUGCUCUUCGAAUGCCGCGGUGCCAGAGCGGACCCAGAUAGUCCUCUCAGCGGGAAUCUGCUUGGUUUCGCCUCCCUGGAUGCCUCUUCGCUGAUCGGGUCAGAGCCGAUGUCCCGUUCCUUUCUCUUGGAUCUUCGACUCCUCGAGGCACCUGGUGCCUCCACCUCUCUGGAGAUCGAAGCUCGAGUCUGGCCGCGGGGAGGUGGAGGUACUGCAGAGGGGCCGCACGGAAAGUCAGCACCUGCUCCAGCAUCGGCACUGGCUCCAUCUGCUGCACUGGCUCAGGAAGUGCAGGACUUUAGGCUAAACCACGAGCUUUCCGUUCAGCUCUCUAAGGAGUUCAAUAUGCGCGCAGCCGCACUUAAGCGAGCUGGGGAGGAGAUCGUGACCCUCCGGAGGCAGGUGCAGCUGUUGAAGAACGAGAACAGAUCUCUUCGGGCACAGGUGGAGGAUGAGGAAAAAUUGGCACACGAGGUCCAACAGCGUCCUCCACCUGAAGGCCUGGAGAAGUUGAGUGCAGCAGAGCUGGCUGGAAAGCUCCAGCGGACCUUGGAGAAAUAUCGAGAGGAGAAGGCAAAGGCUUCCGAGCUGACCCGACGGAUGGAGGAGGCGCUCAAAGAGGUGAAUCGUGCUCGCGGUUUGGAAAGAUCACUGGAAGAGUUGCAGCAGGUGCACCUGGAGCAGAAUCGAGAGCUCCAGCGCCUCCAAGACGAGGGUAGGAAGUUAGACACAUACCGGCAAACAGCGAAGACGCAGGAGAAGGUCAUUUCCAAGUUGGAGAAGAUCCUGGAGAGCUCCUUGCAGGAGGUGCAGAAAGCGCAAAAGGUGCAGGUGGACAUCGAGCGUUUGAAGACCGAGAACCUGAAGCUCAGGGAGCGAUGUUCAAGCUUGCUCACACGAAAGAAGGAAGUUGGCGACGAUGAAGCGCAGGAGCUGCGGCAGCGGCUUGCAGAGAAAGAUGCUGAAAUUACCCGCCUGCAAAAAGUCGCAGCUUCUCUGAAGAUGAACAAUGUGGAAGUCGGUGAGGAGACCGUCCUGCCUUCGUCUUCACCUGGUACCGCAGCCUUGUCGGCUGAAGAGCAGGAGCAGCUGGCCCACCUGGAAGCCAAGCGCUUUGAAUGGGAGCAGCGAUGCGCGGCCGCAGAGCAGCGGCUGCAGGUGCUGCAGCAGCAGCUGACAGAAAGCUCAAAAAGGUAUGGGGCCGAAAUAUCGUCGUUAGAAGUCGAGAUUGCGAAGAAGGAUGCACGCAUCAAAGAGUUUGAAUUUCUUCAGAGACAGACAGCGUGUACAGUCCGGGCAAUCAGACCCGAACAUUUGAGUGCCCUCCAAGGUACUCCUCCCAACGAUGCAGAGAUUCCACGCAGUUCUGGUUCGGAGGUCAGCGCGUCCGUCGAGGAUGUGGUUCAAGAGGCAUCGGAGAUCUCCAAGUUGAGCACGGCCGAAAGGUUUCCACAGAAAGGAGCGCGUGCGAAGCUGGUGGGCCUUAAAGCCAAGUCCAUGAACGGGAAGGUCGUGAAGAUCACCAGCUACGAGAACAGCACGCAACGAUACAUCGUGAAGCUGCCAGACGGCUCCAUGCGCAAGGUCGAGGCAUCGAAGCUGCAGUCGACGGACGAGGCACCGCGGCCACGGCUGUCUGUGUGCAAUGCCUACAAGCUGCACGAGCCAUUGAAGGUCGUCUUGAACAGCGAGACCGGUACAUCAAAGGUUCUGGCUAUGUUGGAUUUUGCCAGCUGUGAAGAUUUCGAGGAGCUGCCGUUCGACAAGGGCAGCAUAUCUUUGCUGUUGAGCUCGAUGCAGGUUGCCAACGUGCCAUUCGACCUCAGCGUGCUUGGCCCUGGGCGUGGAACAGAGCUGACGGUCGCUCCGUCAGAAAGCACGGCGGGUAGGAAAUCCAAGGCGAAGGUGCUCCAAAACAUUGUCGAGCUGGAUGAUGGAGGCGCCUACUACCUGCAUUUGGUCAACGCGCACGUGGGAUCAAGGUCAGUGCAACUUUCCGUUCAACGCGGACCUGUCGCAAAGGUUUUGCCCAUGGACAAGUCGUAUCGUCUGGAGCGUGUCGAAGACAUGUCCCUGACGCUCAUGGAUGGGGAGAGACGCUUGCGGCUCGCCUUCAACCCGCAGAAGUCACGCACGUACUGCGCUAUCGUCACAGGUGGCAGCGACGGAGAAAAUCAAGAUGCACAGAGGGUUGGUUUGGUCUUGCACAAGCUGGGUGAGUGGACAUCCGCAGAGCAGCUGGACAAGGAAGCUGUGUAA